AUGAUCAACUCUUCUUCGUCCACCUAUGGGGCUCUCUUGUUUACAUUAUACAGCUCUCUUGACAGCCUGCGGUACAUGUAUUUACUUUUUUCCUUGCUGUUGUACUUUGUGACAGUGUUUGCAAAUGUUUUUCUUAUGCUAGUGAUCUACUUGGAACCAGGUCUGCACAAGCCCAUGUACAUUUUUAUAUUUAACUUGGCAUUAAAUGGACUGUAUGGGAGCUCUGCUUUUUAUUUGAAACUAAUGGACAACUUACUCUCAGGCGGUCAGGAGAGUUCCUAUAUAUACUGCCUUGUUCAGGUGUUUUGUGUAACCACUUAUGGUGCAUUUACAUUCACAAUUCUUGCAGUAAUGGCAUACGACAGGCAUGUCUCCAUUUGUAAACCUUUACAAUACUACAGCAUCAUGACUCCCUCAAAAGUAAAGGGCCUUUUGACUGGGGCUUAUUUACUUCCUGUUUCAGGUAUGUUGAUCCACAUUACAUUAACAGGAAGGCUUCCGUUAUGCAGAUUUACCAUCCAUAAACUUUUCUGUGACAACUGGGCAGUUGUCAAGCUGUCCUGUGUAGAUACGAAUGCCAACAAUGUCUUUGGUUUGUUUCUGACUGUGGUUUUUGCAGCUUUCCCCUUUGUUGUUGUUCUUCACUCUUAUGUCCAGAUACUGCUCGUGUGUUUCAAAGCUACAAAGGAAGCGCAGAGGAAAGCUUUGAGCACAUGCGCGCCUCACUUGAUCACUUUCAUCAAUUUCACCUUGGCUUCUCUUUUCUCUGUCAUUUAUAAUCGUUUUGAUUAUCAGCUGCCAACCAGCAUUAAUGUUUUCAUGUCAGUGCAUUUUAUUGUAAUUCCUCCGCUUUUACACCCAAUAAUAUAUGGAAUUAGAACACAAGAUAUUUGGAAAAGCAUUCUAAAAAUCUUCAGAAAAACAGCUGUAGAUGAUAAACCAAGGGUGCCAAUUCACAAAAUGUCCUUAGCAGCUGUGAUUAAAAAUUAG